AUGCUGGUGCUGGUGAUCGGCGAUCUGCACAUCCCACACCGUGUGCCAGACCUGCACGAGAAGUUCAAGGCCCUGCUUGUGCCUGGGAAGAUUCACCACAUCCUCUGCCCGGGCAACCUCUGCACGGAGGCAACCUAUGACUACCUCAAAUCCAUCUGCUCCGACGUGCAAGUCACGCAAGGCGACUUUGACGACAGCAGCAAGUGGUCAGACACCCUGGUCCAGACCUACGGCCAGUUCAGAAUUGGCAUGUGCCACGGCCACCAGAUCGUCCCCGUGGGCGACAGGGCGGCCGCCGCCAUCCUGCAGCGGAAGCUGAACACCGACAUCCUGGUGCUGGGCCAUACCCAUGCCUUCCAGGCCUACAAGCACGAAGGCCGAUUCGUGAUCAACCCCGGGUCGGGGACGGGGGCCUUCAGCACCAUCACGCCCGAUCCCAUCCCCAGCUUCGUGCUCAUGGAUAUCGACGGCCCGAGGGUGACUGUGUACGUGUACGAGCUGCACGGCGAAGAGGUCAAGGUGGACAAGAUCGAGUUCAGCAAGCCUGCCAGCCUCUAG